GAUGGCUGCCAGGAUUACACCCAGCCAGUGAGAGACACAGAAGAGCGAGACAUUCUGCAUGAAAAGAGAGGGGAAAAAGAAGCUCUCUUUCAUUUCUGUGCUCUUUCUUUCUUUCUUUCUUUCUUUCAUUCUCGCUCUUGUCUGUCUCGCCCCUCUCUCGGUGGAUAAGCACUGCUUCGUAGGCAGCGAGACAGAAUCUGGACAAUCAGACAGCUCCAGCCAACAAGGGGACACAGACAUCAAGCCACCACCCAAUGGCCACCUGAGUUUCCAGGACUGUUUUGUCACCUCAGGAGUGUGGAAUGUGGCAGAGCUGGUCAGAGUGUCUCAGACUCCCGUAGCCACAGCGUCGGGUCCUAACUUCUCACUGGCUGACCUGGACAGCAGCCCCAGUUACUACAACAUUAACCAGGUGGCUCUGGGGCGGCGCUCUCUCACCUCCCCUCCUUCUACCAGGUCUGAGGUGGAGUUGUACGCAAACCUUCCAAGGAGCUCCACUAAGCGGAAGUCCUUAGAUGAUAGCGAGCUGGAGAGCCCCACAGAUGAUGUUUUCUACCCUGGGCGUUCGCCUGCUGCCAGCUCCUCCCAGUCCAGUGCGUGGCCUAAUGACAUGGAAUCAGUGCAGCACCAUUUGGCGAGUGUGCAGGAGAGGAAGAUAAAACAUGAAAACGAUGGCGUGCAGUUUCCUUACCAUGGACUGUCCUCGCCUGGUUCACUUAAGAAGCCGGGGAAGUUUGAUUUCAACGCCCUGACUUCCCAGACGAGGUCUCCCCGCAUGGCGUUCACACACCACCCGCUGCCUGUGCUGGCAGGAGUGAGACCAGGGAGUCCCCGUGCCUCAGCCUCAGCCCUGCACUUCCCUUCCUCCUCUAUCAUCCAGCAGUCCAGCCCGUACUUCACCCACCCCACCAUACGCUACCAUCACCACCAGGACCCGCUUAAGGAGUUUGUGCAGUUUGUCUGCACCGACGGCACAGGCCAGCCCAGCGCACAGCCUAAUGGAGGUGGCCAGAGCAAAAUGCCGGGCUCCUUCCUGCUGCCCCCGCCACCCCCGGUGGCUCGCCCUGUGCCCCUCCCCAUGCCCGACUCUAAAACCAUCAGCACGCCGACUGACGGCGGACUCAGCUCACCCGCAUCUCCGUCAUACUCCACGCCAGGCUCCACAGCUCCCAACCGGUUUGUCGGCAUCGGAACACGGGACAACUUUCUGAAUAUCCCCCAGCAGACCCAGUCCUGGUUCCUCUGACAAGGCCUCUCUGAAUCAACAGCUAAAAUUGUGUCAUGAAAAUUGGAAAUUUGACAAAACAAACACAUCGCCGCUGAAAAAGAACAAACUGCUGACACUAAAAGGUCUUUCUCUCUCGCCAACACUAUUCAAAGUACUACUACAGAACCCCGAAAAACCCCACGCUGCCCCAAGAGGACUCCCAAUUCAACACGAUUUGAACAGGAACAUUCGUCCCCUUUUGCGCAGGAGUCUUCAACAAGAUUGAGUGGACAGACUCAGAAUGCAAGGAGGAAGAAGAAGAUGAGAAACUGUCUCACACACCGUGAAUUGUCAGAAAGGAAACACAAUAUGGCAAACUGACAAAUGACCAAUUAUACAUUUGUUUCUUUUUUUUCUUUUUUUUUUUAAUGGUUUUUUUCCAUUUUGUUGUCUCCACAAUGAAACUCCAUGCAUUGGCUGGGAGAUCCAAAAAAGAACAAGUAGUGGUAAAUGGUGAAGUCAGAUGUGCAACUUGUAAAGAUUGCCACCCAAAUAGCACGCCUCCAUAUCUGCAUAUCUCUCCUCCAGGUACAUGGUCCCACCUGACACUCACCACCCCACACAGCCUGUCCCACUUGGAGCUCAGUGCUUGUCAGGGGCAAAGCUGUAACUGCAGCCUCGUAGUUGAGUGUCCCCUCACCCCACUGUUUCAUCUGCUCAGCCCUGAGCCUCUUUCACUUCGGAUUGGCCAAUCAUGCUGACACCAUCCAGUCCAAUGGUGUGACACAUAUGCACUAAGUGGCUGGUCUUUGUUUACCUGUCAAUGUACCAGGGUGUCCUGCUAUGGGAGAAACGACGGCCAUGAGGCACGAAGGCAAGAAGGUGAACACACAGAUAGUCAUAACACUAACUCUACACUUGCUCUCUCGUCCCCUUACCUAUGCACUAUUAAUUUUUUUUAAGGGAUGAACAGUAUUGCACACUGAUGGUCAGAUGAGCGAUUAGAGAAGUGAAUCGAGGCUGCAGGUAUGGGGGCUGUGCUAGCAUCAGGCCCUGAAAGAUACAGCACUCACAUGCACACACACAUGCAAGCUUGCAGGCAGCACAUGCAGACCAACCUUUCCAGUAAAGUCGGUCACAAAACCACUCACAAAAUCAUCUUGUUUUAAUCCAUAGAUAUUGCUUUUACAAUAAGGCGCACACAGCAUCGGCUUCAUAUUAUUUGCUUUAAUUUUGUUUGUAGUUGUUUACUUGCGAUUUUUUUUCUUUUUCCAGAUUUGGUUUUGGUUUUGUCUCUGUCUCUGGCUGGAUUGUUUUAACCUUCUCUUGCAUGUCAUAACAUUUUUCUUUAGUUUGCAGUAACACAUAGUAUCACGCUCGAAUUUCAGCAAAAUGGAAACAGCAGUUUCUCAAAUUUCUCAUGUAUGGACAGCACAGUAACGACAGCUCAUCACACGCAACCCUGGCAUUGCUUCACCCCGUGUCCCGUAGUCUAUUCACAAGAAAACCCAGAGGAUUACACACACACAGAUGCACAUAUAAAAUAACACCACCAACAACCUGGUUUAAAUUUAUAAAGGGAAGCCUUUAUACUGGUUCUCCAAACUGCCUUUUAAUGGUUUUUCAUUCAUUUUAAAAUUUGUAUUUUUAAUUUGACAUAUUUUUCUAUGUAAAUGUUCACACUGAAAUCGCUGUUGGUAUUAUUUUUUGUCAUGACACAAUCCAACAAAAGCCGACCUCACAAAAUAACUGGACUGCCUAGCUGUUGGUUCUGUUUUUGCAGGGAUAGUAAACAGGGCUGAGGGCUCGUUCUCAGCCUCUCUAGUAACAUUAGCUCUAUGUACUAAAACCAUAUAUCGAGACUAUAACAAUAUAUGGAAGUGCCUCUGUAUUCCCUUCAUGCAAUUAGUAAUAAACUUGACUUCAGGUUCUCUUCCCACAUAUAAGCUAAAGCUACAUGGGCAUGGUAGCGUUGGUGCAUGUGGAAAUCAUUGGCCUAGGACAGAUCUUUAUAGAGGACUGCAAACUCUUUUUUUUCUUUUUUUUUUUGUAAAAACAGAGAGAGAGAUCUUAUACAUAUAUAUUUAUGAUAUAUGCUCCUUUGUAACUUUUACUACGAGCUUGUUGGCAGUCUAGUUAUUUUCUGAACACUCACCCCCCCCCCUCACUACCCCCCUCCCCCACCCCGCCCCACGACCUGUUUCAGUAACAUCACCAUAUUGUUACCAAUACGAAUUAAACGACACACGCCAUUGCCAUCUGCUGCGCAGCAUUAUAAUACCUAGAUGAACAUGUCAAAAAUCGACAGUAGGUUUGAAGAAAAAAAAAGUGUUUGUUUUUUGAUGGAAAGUAUUAUUAUUGAAAAAUAUGUGUCGAUUGAGCCACGUGCAAUGCAUUGGGUAGAUCAUUGUGUUUGUCUGUUAGAGAUUUUUAAGAAAGCUAAGAGAAAAGAGAAAAAAAAAUGUAUUUGUUUCAAGUCCAUAUGCUCCGGGACUCUAAACUAGAGGGCCACGAGAAAUCCUAGUCUUUGUAAGUUGGGGGUAUUUGUUUUUAUUUCCUUUGUCUCUUUUUUAAUGUUAUAUGUGUAAUCAUUUGUUUAUAAAAAUGUGGGAGGGCUGAAGGAAAAAAAAAUGUACACAACUUCAGAAAAAAAAUCUCUAUCAUCAGAUGAAAAACUGGUGCUUUAACACUAUAAAGUACAUUCAGAACUAUUAUAAAUGAGUGAACAAAAAUAACAGACCAUUUAGGAAACUGCAUUAUUCCUCUCUCUAUUUGUAUUCUUCUAUUUGUAUUAAGUGGGGGGAGAGGUUCCUAUUCCUUAAGGUUGUGACACAAAAGGCAUUUUGGUUCAACCCUUAGAAGAAAUAAAGCAAACCUAUACUGUCGAGCCCAAGAAACUCUUUAAAUAACCUACCUGCGCACUGCCUGAAACUCACCAGCAAAACAAAACAAACAAAAAACCUUCCCAGUUAAUUCAUUUUAUCACAUACAUUGGCAUUGACACAUGACAAGUCUCUCCCAGUACUGCGGAGAUACUUCACAUCCCAAAAUCAGUUUUUUCCCAUUAUCAUCCGAGUAUGUUUCUAAAUCUGGAGUUGGAUGGAGCUCAGCAGGCUGUGUUGAGACACCUGACGUUGAAGUGGACCGAGACCUUCUGUACAGUUAGCAGAAAAGGGGUAAAAGAAGCUUUUAAUCUGGCAUACAUAUGAGGUCUGAGCCAUUUGUGAAACAGGCAGCAAGGUGAGCCUCUCCCCUGUUCCACCCCCUCCUCUGUAAAUGACUCUUAUAGUGCUUGUGCUGUAGUGUAUAGUUUCCCAGCAGUUAAAGGUUGUCCCUUGAAAGUGCCUUUUGUUCACAGACUCCAUUUUGUAAUCAAGAUGGCCCUUUUUUUCUUUUCAUUUGUUUUUUUCCUUGAAACAGCUUGAGGUAGCAGGUUGCCCCUGAGUGCUGUAAGGAGGCAAAAGGUCAUCACCCAUUCAGCGAUCAGGGGCACCUCUUUCCUCCGGCUUCGAAAAUGAAUUCCCUCCAUUGUUCCUUCCCUUCUAUCCUCUCUUCCUUUUCAAAGCUAUAUAUAUAUAUAUACAUAUAUAUAGUACGAAAGGAAACUGGUGUGAAUUAGUUCUUUACUUUUUAUUGAUAAAUGAGAAAAAAAAUUGAAAAGGCAAAAAAACUUGUUCUCGUUCAGCUCUUGCUUUUUUCUUCCCCUCUGUCUCCACUGUCUGUUUUCUCUUAGACACUGGAGUAGUCUGUAACUGUGUGUCUGUCACUCUCGUCUCUCUCUCUCUUUCUCUCUCUCUCUCUCCUGCCCUCUCUGCUGUUGGGAGGAUGAAAAAAAAAUAUUGCCGAAAAACUUUUGUCUGAGCAGAAUGCAGUUAGCUCACAUGUUAUUCUUGUCUGUAUGCUUCACAUUGUAUUACCAUACCCAUCUUCUUCAGCUUCUCCAUUCAGCAGCUAAUGUAAGUGAACAAAUUACGCUGACGGGCUUUUGGGGGUGUCCCUGGGUGGGUGAGGAAGGGACGACAGUGGUUCAGGGGUUUGGGUUCAAGAGGUUUAAGGGGAAGAUUAAUGGGGUUGAGAGGGAUAGAUGAACUGCUUUGGGAAGUUGGAAAGGGGCUGCAUGGGCUAGGAUAAGAGUUUGCUCUUUUUGUUUAAGGUAUUUAUUUUUUGGCUUUGUUUUAUUCCCUCUUUUUUGUUUCCUUUUUUAAUUUGGAGUUCUUUUCAUAUUUGCUAUCAGGGUAUGCUGUCGUUUAGGCUCUCUUUGAGUAUGCCUUGGACUGUAAAAUGAAAGCUACAAGCACCUUAUAACCGGACUUGUCGUGCAUGAGGCUGAAAGAGGGGCGAUGCUUUACCAGCAUAAAUCCCACAUCCAUUUUAACCAAUCUUAUAAAGUGAAUCUCUUUUUUUUCUUUAUUGCUAUUUUUACAGUGGGUUUCACACAUGGAAACCCACAGCAGUAUUAGCCAUUCACCACACAUCAACCAGAUAGAAAAAGGCCAGCAUGAACCUGAUCUCUCAGAUUUUUGAGGAUCCAGGGAGUCCCUCCAUUUUUCUCCUCCGACCACCUCAUGCAGGAUUAAUCCGUGUUUUUGUUCUGUUGUUUAUUUUAGUUCUUUUUCUUCUUAAGUGUGUAUGGUUUAAUGGUGAAUUAGGCAGCACCCUAGGCCCCCUCACUCCCAAGUCUUCUAUGCCUCUGUCUAUGCCCUCAGUGCAGCACCACUUCUUUGUGAGAACACCCCCAGAGCUCUAGGUGAAAUGCAUGUGUUAAUUACAGUUUCUUUUCCAUAAGAAGAAAAACACAGUUUGAGAAGAGCAGCACCUGAUUGAAUAAAAAGGAUGUUCUUGACUGUA